GCGCGAUUAACAGUAGCAACGAUGAGGCCGAUAUUUGUUGGGAACUUCGGGUAUGACACCAGGCAAUCUGAACUGGAGCGGUUAUUCGCCAAAUAUGGGAGAGUUGAAAGGAUCGACAUGAAGUCUGGAAUUUCUUCUAAGGAAAAUGAGCCAAGCUCCUAUCUGGGCUCACCACCAUCUGUGCAUAAAAUUUAUUUUGGAAGGAAACUUCCUGCUUGCCUGCUUAGCUUCACCUACAGAUAGCAUCAUCCUGAUUUUUCUUCAAUCAAUCAUUCGUCAUUCAUCUACCUCAUCACUUAAGUUGCAAUACAACAGAAUCGUCUUAAUGGAUUGAUCUUUAUCUCAUGCCUCAUCAAUUAAGUUGCAAUUCACCAGAAUCGUGUUAAUGGAUUGACUAUAUCUCUUGCCUUUGCCUACCUAUCACCACUGAUCAUAGGACUUCACUGAAUUCUGGUCAUGCCUUCCAUAUGAUAUUAGUGGCUGAAUGAAAUCUGUCAUGCCAUGCCUUCCAUUUCUGAACUCGUGCUGUGUGAAAGGCGAAGCAUAGUUGAAAUUUUGGAUUUAAACCUUUAGUAUGCAACCAUCUUAGUUCAUCAUGCAACGUCUCUACAGCUAUAUGUGCAUCAGUCCUCCCAUAUUUGCAGGUUUUGCCUUCGUUUACUUUGAAGAAGAGAGAGAUGCUGAAGAUUCUAUUCGUAGCCUUGACAACAUGCCAUUUGGUUAUGAUAGACGCAGAUUGUCUGUGGAAUGGGCUAGGGGCGAACGAGGUCGCAGUCGUGAUGGAUCCAAGUCGAUGGCAAAUCAGAGGCCAACCAAAACCUUGUUUGUGAUCAAUUUCGACCCGAUUCGUACUAGAGUUCAUGAUAUUGAAAGACACUUUGAACCUUAUGGAAAGGUGCUCAAUGUUCGCAUUAGAAGGAACUUUGCAUUUGUACAAUUUGAGACGCAGGAGGAGGCAACCAAGGCCCUUGAGUGUACCCACAUGAGCAAAAUAUUAGACAGGGUUGUAUCAGUGGAGUAUGCUUUGAGGGAUGACGGUGAGAGGGGUGACCAUUAUGACGAUAGCCCUCGAAGAGCAGCUUAUGGGCGGCUUGGGGAUAGUCCUUAUCGGAGGUCACCUAGUCCUGUGUAUCACCGUCGACCAAGUCCUGACUACGGACGAGCUCGCAGCCCUGCUUAUGACAGGUAUAAUGGCCCUUAUGAACGACGUAGGAGCCCUGAUUAUGGCAGGAAUCGGAGCCCUGAUUAUGGCAGGAAUCGGAGCCCUGAUUAUGGCAGGAAUCGGAGCCCUGAUUAUGGCAGGAAUCGGAGCCCUGAAUUUGGCAGGAAUCGGAGCCCUGAAUUUGGCAGGAAUCGGAGCCCUGAAGUUGGCAGGAAUCGGAGCCCUGAAGUUGGCAGGGAUCGGAGCCCUGGAAUAGGCAGGGAUCGGAGCCCUGGAAUAGGCAGGGAUCGGAGCCCUGGAAUAGGCAGGGAUCGGAGCCCUGGAAUAGGCAGGGAUCGGAGCCCUGGAAUAGGCAGGGAUCGGAGCCCUGGAAUAGGCAGGGAUCGGAGCCCUGGAAUAGGCAGGGAUCGGAGCCCUGGAAUAGGCAGGGAUCGGAGCCCUGGAAUAGGCAGGGAUCGGAGCCCUGGAAUAGGCAGGGAUCGGAGCCCUGGAAUAGGCAGGGAUCGGAGCCCUGGAAUAGGCAGGGAUCGGAGCCCUGGAAUAGGCAGGGAUCGGAGCCCUGGAAUAGGCAGGGAUCGGAGCCCUGGAAUAGGCAGGGAUCGGAGCCCUGGAAUAGGCAGGGAUCGGAGCCCUGGAAUAGGCAGGGAUCGGAGCCCUGGAAUAGGCAGGGAUCGGAGCCCUGAAUUAGGCAGGAAUCGAAGCCCUGAAUAUGGUAGUGUUCGCAGUCGUUCACCCAUUCGGAGGUCAAGAACCUAAAGGAAAUUGGACCCGACCCAUUUGGAGGUCAUGAACCCGAUGGAAAUCUAAUUUAUAAUUUUCCGUAGUUACAUUCAUAGGUUUAGGUCUGGGGUGUUAAGGGAUAGUGAGGAGUUUCUGUACAACCCUCGUGUUGAGUAUUCGAACUAAUGUUGGUAGAUUUGGUAUAAUGAAGAAACCGUGGUUUUGAUAUAUUUUUUGAAGCCUGUCGUCUUUGUCUUAACAAUUGUGUACUUGGGAACUAUCCAGCAUGCUUGAGGUAAGUAAAAACGUUGGAACAGGUUGAUAUAAC